AUGAGUGAAUAUUAUUAUCGCCAAAUGCUUAGAAAAGUUGAGGCUCUUGGCUACAGUACUGAAGCUUUACAUCAUAGACUGAGACAAGCGGUAACAACUGGCCAAUUCCUCAAAAGUUUUGAUGAGGGAAUACCAGCUGAGAGACAAAAAUAUCAAAAUUUUCUUAGAAGAGAGGCAAAGGGCGUAACUUAUCUUACUCACCAGAUAGGAUAUAGACAUGGUCGGCUAUUAGAUAUUUCACUAGAUGAGGAUCGUUCCAAUCGUAAUUAUAGACUGAUAUAUCGAUAA